CUGCGUCGCCGCGCUGUGUCUCGGACUUCGGCGUCUCCGGCCCGGCCCCUCCGCUCUCCGCGUCCUUCCAUUCCUUUCUGCGUGUCCGGGCGCCCGCUAGGAUCUGAGCCACUUCGAGGAGGGAGCGUCUGAGCCUCCGCGAGAAAAUUCGGCAAAGAUGUCUGAAUAUAUUCGGGUAACAGAAGAUGAGAACGACGAGCCCAUUGAGAUACCAUCAGAAGACGAUGGCACAGUGUUGUUGUCCACAGUUACAGCCCAGUUUCCAGGGGCAUGCGGCCUGCGCUACCGGAAUCCCGUGUCUCAGUGUAUGCGGGGUGUUCGGCUGGUGGAAGGAAUCCUGCAUGCCCCGGAUGCCGGCUGGGGAAAUCUGGUGUAUGUUGUCAACUAUCCGAAAGAUAACAAAAGAAAAAUGGACGAGACAGAUGCUUCCUCAGCAGUGAAGGUGAAAAGAGCAGUCCAGAAAACAUCUGAUCUAAUAGUGUUGGGUCUCCCCUGGAAAACAACAGAACAAGAUCUUAAAGAUUAUUUCAGCACUUUUGGAGAGGUUCUUAUGGUUCAGGUCAAGAAAGAUCUUAAAACUGGUCACUCAAAAGGGUUUGGCUUUGUUCGGUUUACGGAAUAUGAAACCCAAGUGAAAGUAAUGUCACAACGACAUAUGAUAGAUGGACGAUGGUGUGACUGUAAACUUCCCAAUUCUAAGCAAAGCCCAGAUGAACCUUUGAGAAGCAGAAAGGUGUUUGUUGGGCGUUGUACAGAGGAUAUGACUGCUGAAGAGCUUCAACAAUUCUUCUGUCAGUAUGGAGAAGUAGUAGAUGUCUUCAUUCCCAAACCGUUCAGGGCUUUUGCCUUUGUUACCUUUGCAGAUGAUAAGGUUGCCCAGUCUCUUUGUGGAGAGGAUUUGAUCAUUAAAGGAAUCAGCGUGCAUAUAUCCAAUGCUGAACCUAAGCAUAAUAGCAAUAGACAGUUAGAAAGAAGUGGAAGAUUUGGUGGUAAUCCAGGUGGCUUUGGGAAUCAGGGUGGGUUUGGUAACAGUAGAGGGGGUGGAGCUGGCUUGGGAAAUAACCAGGGUGGCAAUAUGGGUGGAGGAAUGAACUUCGGAGCUUUUAGCAUUAAUCCAGCGAUGAUGGCUGCAGCUCAGGCAGCAUUGCAGAGCAGUUGGGGUAUGAUGGGCAUGUUAGCCAGCCAACAGAACCAGUCAGGUCCAUCUGGUAAUAACCAAAGCCAGGGCAGCAUGCAAAGGGAGCCAAAUCAGACAUUUGGUUCGGGGAAUAAUUCCUAUAGUGGUUCUAAUUCUGGCGCCCCUCUUGGUUGGGGGUCAGCAUCAAAUGCAGGGUCAGGCAGUGGUUUUAAUGGCGGCUUUGGCUCAAGCAUGGAUUCUAAAUCCUCUGGCUGGGGAAUGUAGGAGGUGCGGGGGGAGGGGUGGUCGGUUGGUAGGUAGGUAGGUAUAGAAUGGUGGGAUUCAAAUUUUUCUAAACUCAUGGUAAGUAUAUUGUAAAAUACAUAUGUACUAAAAAAUUUUCAGAUUGGUUUGUUCAGUGUGGAGUAUAUUCAGCAGUAUUUUUGACAUUUUUCUUUAGAAAAAGAGGAAAAGCUAAAUGAAUUUUAUAAGUUUUGUUAUAUAAAGGGUUAAAAUACUGAGUGGGUGAAAGUGAACUGCUGUUUGCCUAAUUGGUAAACCAACACUACAAUUGAUCUCAGAAGGUUUCUCUGUAAUAUUCUGUCAUUGGACUUGUUAAAUGGAUUCUUUGCAUGUUCAGAAUAGAAACCAUUGAUUAGAACUACAUUCUUUUCUCAUUUUAAUUUGAAUCCCACCCUAUGAAUUUUUUCCUUAGGAAUAUCUCCAUUUGGGAGAUCAUGAUGUCAUGGUGUUUGGUUCUUUUGGUUUGUUUUUAACACUUGUCUUCCUUCAUAUACGAAAGUACAAUAUGAAGCCUUCAUUUAAUCUCUGCAGUUCAUCUCAUUUCAAAUGUUUAUGGAAGAAGCACUUCAUUGAAAGUAGUGCUGUAAAUAUUCUGCCAUAGGAAUACUUCUGUCUACAUGCUUUCUCAUCCAAGAAUUCGUCAUCACGCUGCACAGGCUGCGUCUUUGACGGUGGGUGUUCCAUUUUUAUCCGCUACUCUUUAUUUCAUGGAGUCGUAUCAACGCUAUGAACGCAAGGCUGUGAUAUGGAACCAGAAGGCUGUUUGAACUUUUGAAACCUUGUGUGGGAUUGAUGGUGGUGCCGAGGCAUGAAAGGCUAGUAUGAGCGAGGAAAGGAGAGAGCGCGUGCAGAGACUUGGUGGUGCAAAAUGGAUAUUUUUUAACUUGGAGAGAUGUGUCACUCAAUCCUGUGGCUUUGGUGAGAGAGUGUGCAGAGAGCAAUGAUAGCAAAUAAACGUACGAAUGUUUCGCAUCAAAGGACAUCCACAUCUGUUGGAAGACUUUGAGUUUUGUUCUUAGAAAACCCACUUUAGUUGAAUGUGUUCAGUGAAAUAUUUGUACUUCCCUCCCCUCUGUCAACUGCUGUGAAUGCUGUAUGUGUGUUCUCCUCUGCUACUGAGCUGGAAGUGUGGGCACGUGAACUGAAGCUGAUGGGCUGCGAACAUGGACUGAGCUUGUGGUGUGCUUUGCAGGAGAACUUGGAAGCAGAGUUCACCAGUGAGCUCAGGUGUCUCAAAGAGGGUGGACGUUCUCAUGUCUGUUAGCUAACAUAAGAAUGCUGUUUGCUGCAGUUCUGUGUCCUGUGCUUGGAUGCUUUUUAUAAGAGUUGUCAUUGUUGGAAAUUCUUAAAUAAAACUGAUUUAAAUAAUAUGUGUCUUUGUUUUGCAGCCCUGAAUGCAAAGAAUUCAUAGCAGUUAAUUCCCCUUUUUGACCCUUUUGAGAUGGAACUUUCAUAAAGUUUCUUGGCAGUAGUUUAUUUUGCUUCAAAUAAACUUAUUUGAAAAGUUGUCUCAAGUCAAAUGGAUUCAUCACCUGUCAUGCAUUGACACCUGAUACCCAGACUUAAUUGCUAUUUGUUCUUGCAUUGUCCAAAGUGAAAGUUUUUCCAUGGGUUAUUCUGUUUUUAAUCUAGUUUUUCAUAAGUCUGGGUGACAGAACCUAAAGUGGUAAGCAGUUACCCUCCAGUUUGUUCUGAGUGCCUCUGUGCAUUUGAAUGAUUUUUCUAUUGACAUGGCUGUAUAAGUCUCCGUUGGGAACUCAUGCCUUCUAAAAAUACUAUUUGGGAGGGGGCAAAACAGUUGUUUCCAAAUGCUUUGUAGCAGAGCAUAUCAAUGGGAAAGAAGGGAUGAUAAACAUCAUUCUGGGGGAUUUGAAAAGUGGAAUUAAUUGCAAUAGGGAUGAAGUAGAAGAAACCAUGUGCCUGAAAUCCAUUCAGAAGCCUGAUAGCUUUAAGAACUAGUAGGGUGGGUUGUCUAUCUGUGGCAGUCUUUAAGUGAAGUGGGCUUGUCCCCUCUGGGGUGUAGGGCCAUGAAGUGACAGUGCUCACAAAAUCAGAUUAGACUCCCACAAUGCAUUGUUAAGAAUGUAAAAGCAAUAAUACUUUGAUUGUUGUACUUUCCUGUAACUACUGAGAACUGGGGAACUCCUUUUCUAGCUGGAAAGAUGUGACCAUUUUUGUUGGUAGUUUCCCCACUGCCCUUACCUAAAUAGAUGAUGAUAAAUAGGCUUGUCAUUUUGCAAGUUGCGUGUUUUGAAAUUUUAUAUCCUCUAGACUUGUGAACACAGUGUUUCAUUAAGUAUCCUCUGUAAAAGGAUCUUGAGUUACUGUAAAUUUUUUUCUCUGCAUCUAAAUUUGCAUGAUUUCCAAACCCUGUACAUCUGAAUUUUGCAUUUUAGCACUUGCACUAUUACUCAGCAGCAGUAACAUGGUAACAUUAAAAUGGUUUUCGGGGACCUCCAAAGACUAAACUGGCAAGCCGUCCAGGAGUCCUGGGGUAAGUUACUUGUUGAUGGCAUGGUUUUGAUCCCUUGUUUGCACCUGUUAAAGAGUUACUGGUCAUCUAGAAGGCUUUCAAUGUUGAGUAGCCUUUUAAUGUUUAUUGGUAUGAUGUAGCUGUAGAUAGUUAUUUGCCCUACAUGAAGUUUUAGAAAUAAACUACUUGGCAAAAAAUUUGGUUUUGAAAAUCUAUUUGGUUAUCAAAAUGCAUUCAUUCUUAAAAAACAAUCUUUGAACCGCAGUUGAAUAAAAAGUUUUCUUGCCACCAACAGUUUAGUGUCUGGAGUCUUACUGGAAAAAACAAAACAUUUUUCAUGACAAAAAUGCCAGAAAGUUUUAACAGUGACUUCUCAGGGAAGGUGCUUAGCAUUUUCAUCCAUUAAAAAUGUGAGUCUCCAGCUGGGUGGUGGCACAUGCCUUUAAUCCCAGAAGUUGAGGCAUACACAUCUGAGUUGCAGGCCAGCUGUUGCUCCAUAGUGUUACUGUCUCAGAACUUGUUGGAAGAGCCAAGUACAAUCAAAUGUGACAUUUUAAGAUUAAGGUAGCAUCUUAGCAGGAGAGUAGCAGUUGCUUUGUGAGUUACCAUCGUUUCUGUUACAUAAGAGAAUAAGUUCACUGUGUACAGUUUACUGCUGGUGUGCUAUCUGUGAUCUGUUUGGGUCACCUAUGCCCAAGUCAUGCUCACUUAAGAACAGUCCAGGUAUCGUGGCAUACACUUUAAUACCCAGCACUUAUGAGGCUGAAGCAGAAUGGUAAAUUUGAGGUCAGCCUGGGCUGUCUCAAAAGGGGGUUACGGUGGGGCAGGAUUCAAAAUGUUAUCUUAGUUUGCUUACCAAGUUUGCAUACCCAAAGUCCAGGUUUGAUUGUCAGCACCAGAUAAAGUGAGGUGUGGUGGCAUACACCUUUAAUCCCUAAGCAUUUGGCUGGUAGGAGCAAAAGAAAGAGGUUACAGAGUUCUAAGGCCAGCCUAUAACAUGAAACCAUUGAUUAUGAAAACAGCAAGCCUUUAGUUGUUCAGAAAUGGGAACAGCCAAUAGAUUGUAGAGAAUUGAACACAACUUGACAUGGUAGGUUUGUGUGCAGAGUUGGUUACAAAUAAACAUUGUAUUGAACACCAUGAAUCAACAAAGUUGACAUUGGCAAGUGCCUGUAACAGUUUAAUCUAGUUUAGGGUGGGCCAUUGAUGAUGCUUGGGUUCUGUUACUGCUAAGAG